AUGUCUGCGACUGAAGCAAUUAACCACGGCGACCUGGAGAAGGACAUUGGUACCGUUCCCCAGAACGGAGCUGGCGGUGCCCCCAUGCAACCCCAGAUGUCUGCCGAAGAGCACCAGGUGGCCCGCGCCGCCGCCCGCUUCGGAUACGGACCUCUCGCCCACGUCAAUGACAACGAGGCAUCUCUCCCCGCCUUCGGUGGAGAGUUCCAGCCCGGUCUCUACAAGCCCGUCGAGGGCCGCAAGUUCGGUAACCCGGCUCCUCUGGGCCUGUGCGCUUUCGCCCUCACUACUUUCGUCCUGAGCGCCAUCAACAUGGGCACCAAGGACAUCUCCGAGCCUAACAUCGUCGUCGCUCUGGCUUUCGGUUACGGUGGUCUUGUCCAGCUUCUCUCCGGCAUGUGGGAAAUGGCUGUUGGUAACACUUUCGGUGCUACUGCUCUCUCUUCCUACGGUGGUUUCUGGUUGUCUUUCGCCAUUGUCUUGACUCCCGGUGGUUUCGAGAUCAAGGAAGCUCUCAGCCCCGGCGGUGACGCCACCCAGUUCUACAACUCUUUCGGUCUCUUCUUGAUGGGAUGGUUCAUCUUCACCACCAUCAUGCUCUUCUGCACCCUCAAGUCAACCGUUGCUUUCUUCCUGCUCUUCUUCUUCCUGGACCUGACCUUCUUGCUGCUCGGCAUCGGUUACCUCCAGCGUGGCGCCGGCAACGUGCCCAACGCCAAGGUCGAGAAGGCUGGUGGUCUCUUCGGUCUCCUGGCCGCCUUUGCUGCCUGGUACAACGCCCUUGCCGGUAUCGCCGACACCAGCAACAGCUUCUUCAUAAUCCCCGUCGCUCACUUCCCCUGGUCCGCCACCGGCAAGAGCCGCCGUGGCAAGUCCGAUUAA